AUUUACACCGGGACGCUGACAGCAGAACCAGAUCCCCGAUUUACUGCUCUCUAGCUCGGAGCAGAAAAGCCAAAGUAUCACUCCAUCCCUUCUCCUCCUCCUGGACAAACCUCUACUCUUUUGCCACAUGAAAAAUAUAUUUCACAGCUCCAAAUAGUGAUUCUUUCUGGGACUAAGAUGUGACGCCUCCCCCCGGUCCACCUCAGCCGUCAGCACGCUGCAGUGGUCCCCGAGGUCUGGUGAGGACGGUGGCGGCAGGCAGUGGCUGUCCCUGCUGCCUGCCUCCCACUGAGUUCCUCCGGCUCCAUCCCGGGGGAGCAGAGGCCAGCCAGCACCGCAGCCCGCAGGUGUGUCCCGGCGCAGGAGCCCCUUGGGAUGAUGUGCGGUGCCCGAGCAGAUGUUCAGUGGCUCUGGGCGCCGUGUGCGAGGCAGACCCUCUCCGCUCCCGUCAGCGCGCUGAAGCUCACCGACUACCAGAGCACGGCCGCGCUCCCGCCUGCAGCUGCUCCCCAAACGUACAAAGGCAGGGUUUGAAGUGAGCAGAAGAAUGGGAGUCUGGCUGCAGCGCUUCCUUCCCUGCCACGACAACAGACUGGAAGAAGCCGAGAGUUUUGAUGCCUGGAAAACUGGAUUCUGAAUCGUGAGAGGCUUUUGAAGCCCCCUCCCUCCCAAAUAAAACAAACCCUUUUGACUUCUUCUCUCAGCAGGAGGGGGAGGGAGGGCGGAUUUACCAUGAAGACAAAUCGAAGAUGCAGAGCCCUGCUAGCAGUGAGUCUGAAUCUGAUGGCUCUCCUCUUCUCUACAACAGCUUUUAUCACGACCCACUGGUGCGAGGGCACACAGAGGGUCCCCAAGCCCAGCUGUGGGAAAGAGAAGAAGACAAACUGCCUCAACUACAGCGGGAAUGAGACUGCAAAUGAGACAAACCAGAACGUGGUUCAUUACAGCUGGGAGACGGGAGAUGACCGCUUCCUUUUCAGGUAUUUCCACACUGGGAUCUGGUACUCCUGUGAGGAAAACAUCAACGCUGCUGGUGAAAAAUGUCGAAGUUUUAUUGACCUUGCCCCGGCUUCUGAAAAAGGUGUCCUGUGGCUAUCAGUAGUAUCUGAGGUGUUGUACAUCAUGCUGUUAGUCGUCGGAUUCAGCCUUAUGUGCCUCGAGCUCUUUCAUUCAAGCAGUGUGAUAGAUGGGCUCAAGUUAAAUGCCUUUGCUGCUGUCUUCACUGUGCUUUCAGGUCUCUUGGGGAUGGUGGCACACAUGAUGUACACUCAAGUUUUCCAAGUGACAGUCAGCCUUGGGCCAGAGGACUGGCGACCACAUUCAUGGGACUAUGGAUGGUCCUUCUGCCUGGCGUGGGGCUCUUUCACCUGCUGCAUGGCUGCCUCCGUUACUACCUUGAACUCUUACACUAAGACUGUCAUUGAGUUCAGGCACAAGCGCAAAAUCUUUGAGCAGGGCUUUCGAGAAGAACAGAACUUCCUAGACCAGGAAGCCAUCAAGUACUUCAGAGAAAGGGCUUCACAACACCCAGCUCUAAGUGUCAGUAGCACACAGAGGAACAGGAGUGACCAUAAUGCUCAGAACAUGCCCCCAUUCGCUACGUCAAGCUCUUCCAGUGACACAUCAAGCAGCUCUUCACUUUCAUCAGAACCAACCAGCCAGAUCUCCACAGUUCAGGAUCAAACCCUGCUGGACAUUGCCUCCAUCACUAGAUUGGCCCCCGGAGAAUCACCAAACCCACAACCAUUUGAGCAAAGAGACAGAAAUUUAGUACUAUCGUGUUCCAGCCCGUUUGGAGCAAGGACUAUUUCAGCAUCUUGCCCGGCCAGCCCCAGGCUCAGUCUAACACCCAGCUCAGCCAAGCCACAGCAAUACUCUGACUGCUCUCCAGUCAGCCCAGGGAUCAAUGCGGCUUCCUUCUACACCUUUUGUCCUCACACAGCAGAAGACGUACAAGCCUCAGCAUUAGACCACACGCUGACCCCAGCCAGGAAAAGCACCGGGCCUCCAGCAACAAUGACUCCUGAAGACAGCUCCCAGUCUCCUGGCUAUUCUAGAACUGGAUUAGGGAAUACAGGAAAGGGGUUUGAAUCAGAUCCAGAAGAUCCUGAUUAUGAAAGGAGAUUUGUAACCACGAAGGAAUUCCAAGCCAUGGAGAAAGAACUAGAGGAUGUGAAAGGAGAACUGAAAUGCCUGAAGUGGAAAGUGAGGCACAUAGGUGAGACCGUGCAGCCCCUGGCCGAGGACAGCAAGCGUUACAAUGGCUACACCCUCAUGGAGCUGAAGGCCAUGGUGCAGUCUGAAGAUGACCCCUACAAGGCUGCACACAAGAUCCUCACUGCGCUCUUCAGUGAUGUCUACCUGCUGCAGCACUCAGUCACUGAGCAGGCCUGCAACUCCCAGUCUCUGCCCAAGCCCAAAAUAGACCCAGAGCUGUACAUGGUGUACUGUGACAUUCUGAAAAGCAUAUUCCCUGGAAUCAGCAGCCAGACCUUGAGGGAAGAGACACAGCACAUGCAGAAAAGCAUCCAGAAGGACGUGCGACGACAGCAGAGCCCGCAAGGUGUUGUGUACAGUGAGGUGUCUCCAGUGGUGGUAGAGGACUGAGCCGUGGUACGUACCACCACUCGACUCUACCCCUUUUAGGUAUGAAUCGGCUGUAAAGAUCUUGGUGAGCUCUGAGCCCUUCACACCACUUGUCCAAUGAGACAGGGUGGGAAGGCAUUCUGCACCCUUCCCACAUUUUAGAGAAAAAUUGCCCCCUUAGUGUCUCUCUCAGUACACAGAUGGUUCCUUGUUCCCAGCAACUGAAAACGCUGAGAAAAGAAGCCAGAGAAGACUUUGUAUGUCCAGGCAAGGGCCUUCUCCCAGUCCCAAACAGCCCAACCAACCAGCAUCUGGGUAGUUUCUAUUUUCUAGAGUAAAGCAUUCAUUAAAUGACAUUACUUGUUAGAAA